CUGACCCCAUAAUAAGAAUAAACAUUCCCAGUUUCCCUCGGCAAAAUAUUUUUUUUCCCGAGAAACAAACGGACAGCAUGAGUUCUUUAAAUCACUGAAGAUGUUUAAGAACACAUUUCAGUCUGGAUUUUUGUCCAUCUUAUACAGCCUUGGGAGCAAACCUUUGCAGAUAUGGGAUAAAGAAGUUUCCAAUGGUCAUGUAAAACGGCCACAUGAUGAAGACAUACAAUCUAAUGUACUCGAAAUUAUUGGAUCAAAUAUCCAGUCCACAUACAUUACAUGCCCAGUGGACCCUGCCGCAACUCUUGGUAUAAAACUCCCAUUUUUGGUUAUGAUUGUGAAGAACUUGAAGAAAUACUUCACAUUUGAGAUUCAAGUGCUAGAUGAUAAGAAUGUCAGGCGACGUUUCCGAGCUUCAAACUUUCAAGCCAUCACUCGAGUGAAGCCAUUCAUCUGCACCAUGCCGCUGAAGAUGGAUGAAGGCUGGAAUCAAAUCCAGUUGAAUUUGGCUGAUUUUACCAGGAGGGCAUACGGAACCAAUUACGUUGAGACUUUACGAGUUCAGGUUCAUGCCAACUGCCGCCUAAGGAGAAUAUAUUUCUCUGACCGCCUCUACUCGGAAGAGGAACUCCCUCCAGAAUUUAAACUCUAUCUUCCGAUGCAGAAAGUAUGAAAAGUUCCAGGCUUCAGAAUCACCACAUCUAAAUGAGCUAGAGUUGGAGCUGGAUUGAGUUUUCUUCUGUUUUAUAUUAUUAAUAGAGAGAGAGAGAGAGAGAGAGAGAGAGAGAGAGACAAAAUUCCAGAAGUGAUGUCUGGCUUCUCAAGACAACGGAAGUGGAACUUUGUUUUGCAGCUGAAUAACCAUUUGAAUUCUUUA